UGGGGAAUAUGCACGGUGGGUAAUAUGUGCGCCAUACCCUCAAGUUUAGAGAUACUCCGGGUUUCGAAAGCUAGUUCGAAUUUUAUUUAAACACACUUAUCAGUUUUUAUUCCUUAAAGUAAAAUACAAUUCAAUCCUGUAAACCUACUUGCAAAAUGGCUGUAACCAGUGGUGUAUCGUUCAUUCUAUCGUCAAUUUUAACUGUUUUGUUAUUUUCUGGAAUGCAAAUGUACAAAAGUUGGUUAAUAUCAACUCAGUUACAUACAAUUUUGGGUGGUUACAUAGGAUCCAUGCUUUUUGUAUUUUUACUCACGGCUCUUGGAAACUUUGAAUCUACAAUGUUUGGCAAGUCUUUCCAAUUGAAGCUCUUCCCAGAAGUAUUUGUGUCAUUGAUCGUUUCAUUGACAGCGUCUGGAUUGGUACACCGAGUAGCAACAACAACCUGCUUCCUUUUUUCUAUGGUUGCUCUCUACUAUAUAAAUCGCAUUUCCCAAGAGACUUACUCUACUCCGGUUCAACAAGUAGCUGCAUCAGCGCUUCACACUAAGAAGAGGAAAUAAAGCGGAAAGUGUCACCAAUAACAUUUAAAAACAAGACUGGACAAAAAUUCCUUCAACAAUAUAGAAAAUAAAAUUUCUUAUAAACAUUUCAUUAUUGUAAUUCUGCAAAAUGAAUUAUAUUUUCACGACAGCUCCUCUGAAGAAAAGAAUGGAGUUAUUUCCCUGCUUUCAUACCGAUUCAAUGGAAGUUAUUCAAGUUGUUGUGCAUAUUUGGUAAAAAAAUUAAAGAAAUUAAAUGAUUCUAAUGUAAACUCGAAAGAAAACAGAGAAUCGUGACACAGUUGCGAAAUUUGUAAUUCAAUUAUCUGAGAUUGAAUAAUUGAAACUAAAAAUUAUAUUAUGUGGAAAUUUUGAAUUAUAAAUCGAUAAAAACAAAAAAUAUCAGUAAUAAAAGAAAAAUUUUAUUCACA